AUGACAUCACAUCGAUCAUUUCUAUUUCUAUUGUUAUUCCACAUCUUCUUACCAGGAAUCGCGAUAAUCUGCUACGACUGCCACAGCGAUCAAGGAACAUGCAAUGAAGGAGAAUGUGAAGGUGUUGUAUGCAUCAAAAUGGAGACAUCGAAUAAGGAUAACGACCGAAAAACAAUCCAGAAAAGUUGUGGUGACGAACACGAAGAAGUCGCUUGUCAACAGUCUGGAUUCGGCAGCAAAUGGAUGUCGCGAUGCGUUUGCGACAGUCCACUAUGCAAUGGUGAUCAGGCUCUUAUCGAUGCCGGUUUGGAACCGUCUUCGGCCGCCCCACCUCCAGGACAAUUCACGCAGUUCGCGCUGCUCGUCGCGAUUCUCGUGUUCGUCGGAGCCAGUUGCUCACUUAUAGUAAUCGCAACCAUCUGCGUUCAAUUUUGCUAA